AUGUUGACAAGACCACCCUCUCCUACGCCGCCUCUUUGGACUCAAAGGAGACCUCAACCUUCAAGGCGCCCAAUACUCCUGGCUCAGCAGUUGCUUCUACUUCUGCUGGCUGGUCUGGGCCAUUCCAUCCAACCUUCUCAUGCAGCGCAGCCCACCGGCAUACUACCUCGCGUUCACAUCUCCAUGUGGGGAGCUCUCCUGAUGCUCCAGGCAGUGGUCCACAACUUCGGUAGUCUUCUUGUCCUUCGCGUACUAUCAGGUGCCUUUGAGGCCAUUGCUGACCCGGCAUCUAUGCUAAUCACGUCCAUGUACUAUACUCGCGCGGAACAGCCGUCACGAAUCUCGGCCUGGUACGCAUGGAAUGGUAUUGGCGUAGCUGGCGGUGGUCUGCUCGGCUAUGCAAUCGGCCACAUCAAAGGGGCCCUAGCAUCCUGGCGCCUCGAAUUCGCCAUCAUUGGCGCCCUCUGCGCCUUCUGGGGCAUUGUCCUCUGUCUCAUGUUGCCCAACUCCCCGCGCACAUCCGGGGCUUCUCGCACGACGAAAAACUGA